ACCGGCUACACUCUCUUCGCUCCUCUCUCUUUUUUCCUCACAAAAGUCUCCAAAAUCCCGUUCCUCAUUUUCCGAUCACCUUCCUUCGAUUCAAACUCUUCCAUAAUCCAGCGUCGUUUUCCUCCGAUUCCACUCUCCCGAGUUACCCCGAGUUACCACUAUUCCAAGCUCGCCGACACCACCCACCGCUCCGAUGAGCGAUCUCGCCGGAUAACACGCAGGGAUCGCGGCCGCCACGUUCGAAUCGGUUGUUUUUCUUGAUCCUUAUUUAUUCGCUGGUUCUGAGGAGAGGAAAAGGGUUUCUUCGGUAGUGGUUGUGCCGGAGGAUUUUUCUCCGGCGAGAUGACGGGGGCGAGGCAGCCUACUUGGAAGGAGAGGGAGAACAACAAGCGGAGGGAGCGGCGGCGGAGGGCGAUCGCCGCCAAGAUCUUCGCCGGGCUGAGAAUGUACGGAAACUACAAGCUCCCGAAGCACUGCGACAACAACGAAGUUCUUAAGGCGCUGUGCAACGAAGCCGGUUGGACCGUUGAACCUGACGGCACCACGUAUCGGAAGGGAUGCAAACCUGUUGAACGCUUGGAAGUUGGUGGUUCUGCAGUGGCAACCCCAUGUUCAUCUUUCCAUCCAAGUCCCUGUGCUUCCUAUAAUCCCAGCCCAGGAUCUUCUUCGUUCCCUAGCCCGCGCUCAUCUCCCUUUGCCACAAAUGCCAAUGCUGAUCCGAAUUCACUCAUUCCAUGGCUCAAGAACCUCUCAUCUGGAUCAUCGUCAGCUGCCUCUUCAAGGAUUCACCAAAUAUUCAUUCAUAACGGCUCAAUUAGUGCUCCUGUCACUCCUCCACUGAGCUCUCCAUCUGCGCGAGCUGAAUGGGAAGACCAGCCUGCCAAUCCCAUGGUGGGUGUACAGCAGUACUCUUUCAUUCCUUCCUCCACUCCUCCAAGCCCUGGACGCCAAGUUGUUGACCAAGAUUGGUUCGGCAAGAUUAGGGCUCCACAGGGUGAUGGGACAACUUCUCCAACCUUCAGCCUGGUCUCCUCAAACCCAUUUGGCGUCAAGGAGGAGACUCUUGGUGGCAGCAGCUCCUGCAACUGGACGCCAAUUCCUAGUGGUACUUGUUCUCCUGUUGUCGCCGCAAGCUCUGAUCACACAACAGAUAUUCUGAUGGCUGAAGCUGCUUCAGAUGAGUUUGCCUUUGGAAGCACCAAAAAAGGUUUUGUGAAUGCCUGGCAAGGAGAGAGGAUCGUUAUUGGGUCAGAUGAUCUUGAGCUCACCCUCGGGAGCUCAAAAACCAGGUAGCUAGGAUCUUAAUUUAUCAAGUGUUUAAAAGUUAUAUUCCCAUGCAGGUGUAUGAGAAAUCAAAAUAUAUUCUCUCAAUAAAUUCCUAACCUAAAUUUUGUUAUGUUGCAAGCAAACUUCUGCAUAAAUGAACAGCCAGUGGUUCACAUGACUUUGACACCCUUUUUGUCUGCUCUGUAACAAAGUUGGAGAAGGGAACAACCAUAGUGAGCACAAGCAACUGCUGAUGGUUUGGUUUGUUAAUUUUUUUUUAUCAGGUCUUAACUUAUUUAGUAGUUUUGUAUACACUAGUUAGGUUUAGGCGUUUUGCUGCCAUUGACUUGGUCAGUGUCGUGUCCACAAACCCUGAAUUCUAUUAGAAAGAUCAAUAUACGUGUAUGGAUCUUGGUAUGAUAUUGAAUGAAAUUCUACUUGGAGAUUCAAGUGUACUUGAAUGGCCA